AUGAACUCCUCAUAUCAUUUCCUAUGGUUUCUCGUGGUUGUUGUUCUAGAGGGGAAAUACAUUGCCAGCAUUAAAACAGGUUAGUAUAAAUGAAGAUUUCCAAUAUGAUUUAACAAUUGUAUGUUAGACUGAUCUUUUAACACUAAGGGUAAGCUCGGUAAUUAACACUUGAGAGAAAAAGAAGGCAUUACACUGCAUCUGCCAGAAUCCUUCAGGUUUUAUUGUGCAACUUUACCAAGUAAAAACGUUUAAACAUUACUUGGAUUAUAACAUUUAAAUGGAAAAGAAAAAACGAAACGGAUUGGUGUAGUAGUAGUUGUAUAACCGCGGGAGGAUUAGCUCAGUCGGUAGGGCGCUUGACCGCAGAGAGGGAGAUCGUGGGUUCGAUUCCUGGGGCCGGACCAUUACUCAGUGUCCUAAAAUAACUGAGAAAUGAUGGUAUUAGUUUGCACUGCAAGCGGCUUGACAUUCGCGUGGCUCGGAUAACCACGUAAAAUGGCGGUCCGGACCUAGUAACCUUGCCUUCCAGUGAAUGUGAGGCUGAGGUUGACCUUGUUUUGAUACAAAUCUCAUUUGCUCUGUUAUGGAAAUCGCCCUUGAAAAAUAUUAAUUAGCAUAAGAACAACUUGAUUUACAUAAUAAAGCAGGAAGGUUUGUAUCGAAACAAGGUCACCUCCAGCCUCGGUUCCAUCCAUAACUGAAAAAUGGCCUAUUAGCACUUUCGUGCUAAAUACAUUAACACUCAAAAUAAGCGCAUUUUAUUUUUAUUUUAUUUUUUUGUAUGAAGACCUCGUAGAAACUAGCCAAUUUAUUCACAGUACUUUUAGUUAUGAUCAAAGGAUCAAUGUGGUUUAUUCAUUCCAUUUAAAACCAUUUAUUGCAGGCAAACCUAUAAUAACUCUGCCAUUUCCAGUCGUUGAGACAGUAAAGGAACAUUUAUUGUCGUGCACCACCGCAGGAACGCCUCCCAUUCAGGUGAAAUUGUUUAAGGAUAACAAUCUUUUGGCCAGUGGAAACAGCACAGUAAAUUCUCGACUCAAUGAAACGGCCACGUACACAUGUUUCGCCAGUAACUCAUUUGGCACAGAUUCUAGAGAUUUUCAAGUUACCCUCUUAGGUAAGUAUAGUACUGCUCCGUAUUUGGCAAACGCAGAACCUUUAUUAACCGCAAUAACUCAUACAUUUACACAAGCCUUAAGGCGGAGUUCUUGUUAAGUACAAACCAAUUAGUUGAAACUACAAACUUUUGAUAGAAAUUAGAGUGAACCGAUAACCAAUGAAAAUGAAGCUAGCGUCUGAACCCACAAUACGAUUAUUUCCCUGUUAUAAUAGCUUUAAAUUUAUGGAUAGAUAAUAAAAGACCGCUUGUGAAGGUGAAAAUGCGAUACUUUAGAAGACAUUUAUUCGUUUAAUGCUACAGUUCUGUUUCGUAUGGUCAAAACAUGACCACACUCAUCAGGCGGUUGAACUGGCGGCUAUAAGCAUUUAACAUCGUUGCUAUGCGAUAUAUAAACAAAAAGGAACUACGAGGUAUAUACAGGGUGUUCCAAAAGUUCGUUCCUCUAAUUUGUUGCGCUGUAACUUUUAAUCAAAACUUUAUUUUUGUAUGAAAUUUUUAAAAGAUGCUUUAAUUGCUCUCUCGAUUACUUGUAUUCAGAAGUUCAGUAACCAGCAUGCCUUCUUUGUUUCUUUUUUAUCAUAUUUCGUUAAGACGUUGCGGCAUUGUGUGGGAAACGCGAUGUAGCGCCAGUAGAGGUCCAGAUGAUCCAUUUUGAGCUUUUCUUAUCACGUCAGUGGUACGCAGAAGCCAUUUCGACCCCCCAAAAUAUCAUUUUUUAGAUUAGGCAGCUGUAAAAAAAUUUGGGGGGCAUUCAUCCAAAAAAGCCUUUCCAUACGAAGGCUUCUUUACAAAUUUGAGAAGAGCUGAGCGUUAACGUUGCUUGACGAACUGAGCAAAGCUAGUUUUUUGCAAACUUAGGGACCUCCAACCUUCGCUUUAUUUUCAUGAAUCUGCUCCAGACAUAGCUUGAUAACUGUUUUAAGAACUACCUUAAUGAGUUCCUCUGUUGUACCUAGCCUUCUUUAAAAUUAGUUUUAGCUGCUUUAUUCAUGACUUUCGUUUUUCCUCUUUUUUUCUUGUUUUCAAAACCUUCAUUUCUCGAUGACCAUUUUACCACCCCCAAUUUUUUGGAUUCGGAUUUUUCCAGGUUUUAACAAUUUCUUUAUCUGACGAAGCAGUAGAUCGAAGUAUACCUGGUUUUGCUUUCACCUAGCUGAGCGUUUUUGCUUUAUCUUUCAUGAUAUUCACAAAAAAGGAGGAAGGCAUUCGAGCAAUUUGGGCUACAAGAUACAAAAAUUUGUGGAGGGAAAUAUACUAGCGCACACCCACUUUUGGCGCGAAAGUACACAAAUCGAAAAUUCGAGUCGAAAGAAGGCCCAACAAGUAUGACAUAUUAAAUUAGAUUAAAAAAACCAGACUUUUAUUUAAACGAUUUGCUUAUCAAGUCCAAUCGCACUGGAUUACAGGCUUAUACAGCAGAGGAACGAACUUUUGGGACACCUUGUAAAUAGUUGAAAUAAGGUACACAAAAGAGGAAUGACGGAUAACGUUACUGUGUGACAGUUAUCAUUAAGUUCUUGAGUAUUAAUUUAUUCCUGUGGUGAAAUGAACAUGCUAACUCGUUACGUUUGUUAAGGCUACAUAGUUCUUUUUUACAGAUUAUGAAAAACGUUUGACUCAGGAACAGGUUACAUUUUUUUGCUAAUAUUUAACAAUUAGUCGCCGAAGGCGACGUGAAUAUCGGCGAAUAGUCACCGAGACGAAGUCGAGGUGACUAUUCGCAGAUACUUAUAUACAUAGAUAUAGAUAUAUUAUAUAUAUUCGCAUACUUCUCGAAGAUAAGACCAUGAAGUAGAUUGGUUUCAAAGCCUUGCUGUCUGAGGCGUAAUGAAAGUCCACGGAGUCCGGUUGUGACAGUAGCUUGAUUCAAAAUUUUGUUUGUGAGGCAUUGUCUUUCGAGGGGACAUUGGUCUUUCUUUCUGCAGUUGCAUUGUUUAACGGGUUCUGCGGUUAAUGUUAUAGUCAAUGUUAUAAUCACCACGCGGUGAUUAUAACGGGAUGAAGCGAAGCUCCUAGCCAAUCAUAGCCCGGCGCUCUGUUUUCGAUAAUCAUUGGUGUAAUUAUACUAAUAUUGUAUAGUUUGCAUUUUCUUAGUAUUCUCCAUUUCACGUUGAAGGGUUUCUUUGCGUUUUUGAGGGUUCAAAUGUGUUUGGAUAGUUCAGUCUAUAUCGUUCUGUGACGUUAGUUGUCAGUCCUACUUAAGUUUAAGUCGUCAUUCCGGUUGUGACAGUAGCUUGAUUCACAAUUUUGUUUGUGAGGCAUUGUCUUUCGAGGGGACAAUGAUCUUUCUUUCUGCAGUUGCAUUGUUUAAAGGGUUCUGCUGCUAAUGUUGACGAGCAAUUGGAGAGGACUGUUUUGUUAUGUGACGCGAUGAUGAAUUUCAUGUUUGGCAUGCAGGAAUAGGUGAGUUUAAGCGUGUGUCUGUUAAAGAUCUUGUGACAAGGAUGGUUUCUUCGAAAACACUUGUCCACAGGGUUGAGGAAUGUUCUUUCUAAGUUGGUUUUGACACUUGAAUUCCAAGAAGGGUCCCACCAUGUGAUGUGGCGAGCUCUCUUGCGGUUUCGUUUAUUUGUGUGGUUGUUCGGUGGGUCAUAGGUGUGUUUGUUUCCUCCAAUCCGUGACAUCCUUCCCCCCACAAAUGCUUAUAGAUGAGAUCAUCCUGAUCCCGCUGCACGUGAUCUAAGUUUCAGUGGCGUCUGUUGCCAGUUUUAUUAUUAUUAAACCUCAUUCUAAAUUUCGUUUUUGUAUAUCCAACGGGAGAGGAAGAGCGAUUACUACCUAUAUUGACACUCUUAAGAGGAAUACUGGGGCAUUCGGAGCAAGUGAGAUUGCUGUACUGAUGGCUGAUAAGAGGCUGUGAAAAGAUCUAGUGGUUGUCCGCCUUCGGGCGACCAAGUGAGUGAGUGAGUGUAUAUCCAACCUACUGAAGUCCACAAAGGCCAACCUUCCUCACAUCUUGUGCGAUGUUAGCCCUUUUUCCUUCCUUCUUUAGCAAAACUUCGAAAGCCACGUGGCAUUCGUCAGUUUUUUUACAAAUAAAUAAAUCAGCUGAAUAAACGGACCAGCUCGCAUCAAUACGUACCAACGUCUGAUGUCUUACAGCAACAUAAUAGCCGACAUUUUUAAUCGCUUCGGGAUUAAACAAGGGCCUUAAUGCAUCAUGCAGCUUUUCCGUAAUUCGGUAUGUCCUAAUUUGCCGAAAAAAAUCUGAAUCACCUCAUGAAAUCCAGUUUCUUUGUUAGUUUAUUGCUUUUAUUGGUUCACGAUUGCGCAGAUGAGGCAAAACCAAUAAUCCUGUCACAGGCAAACGGAUUACCCCAGAGGUCCGUGUUGCCCAUUCGGCUGGACAAAGCAACGCGAACUCUGGGAACGAGAUGCUCUUGUUAUAUUUCACUGGCAAAAAAUGUCUACGCAUGCCCCACGACAAAAAUGACGUGGUCGAUUUCCAGCAAGGUCAUUGGCUUAGACGCAAAAUCUCGGCGAAAUGUUGUCAAGAUGAAAGCAGAAAUGGCAGCUUUUUCUGUCAGUGGUAG